UGUUUGGAUAACCCUACAAUGGCAGGCUACUGAGCGGUAAUAGUAAUUUUAUCGUGUGUCUACAACAGAGUGAUUUUCAUCACACAACAAUAAACUUUUACUGCUGGCUUUAUCUUUGGGUUUUUGUUCAAAGUUCACCCGACAUCAAAGAACUUCAAGAGCAUGCGUCGGGCGAACGCGAUCGUUUGGCCUAACGAACGGAGGGGUUUGUCAAUCCUUUCACACGUUUGCUGCGUCGGUCAUCGUUGAUGAUUGGAUGAGACGUUUUCAAACCCUCCAAUCCGGUAGUAGACUGAAAGAAACAAACCGCUCUGGACAGGGCAUUUGCUUACAUCCAUUCUGUUAGAUGUAGCAGCUCUCUCUGAAGCUAUGGCCAAGAGCAUGACUCUGCUGUGGGGCUCCGGCUCGCCUCCCUGCUGGAGGGUCAUGAUCGCCCUGGAGGAGAAGAAGCUGCAGGGCUACAACAGCAGACUGCUGUCCUUCGACAAAGAGGAGAUCAAGUCUCAGGAAGUGUUUAACGUCAAUCCAAGGGGUCAGGUGCCGUCUUUUAAACAUGGAGACGUAAUUGUCAACGAAUCCUACGCAGCCUGUUUUUACCUGGAGAGCCAGUUUAAGUCUCAGGGAACGAAACUGAUCCCAGGCAGCACUGAAGAACAAGCCCUGAUGUACCAGCGCAUGUUUGAGGGCCUCACUUUCUACGACAAACUGACUGCAGUUAUUUUCUACGAGUACUACGUCCCCGAAGGCGAGAGGCUUGCCUCAGCUGUGAAGAGACGCAAAGAGGCUCUGAGCACGGAGCUCAAACUCUGGGAGGGCUUCCUGCACAAGACGGGUUCUGGCUCUAACCUGGCAGGGAAGUCUUUCACGCUCGCAGAUGUAGUCGUUUUUCCAACCGUUGCCACUCUUUUUAGAUUUGGGUUGUCUGAAAAGCGUUACCCCAGACUGGCAGAGUACUACGCUCUGCUGAGGGAGAGGCCGAGCGUCAAGGCCAGCUGGCCUCCCCAUUGGCUGGAGAACACCAAGGGUCAAGACACCCUGAAUGACAUCUGACAAAGAAAUAUUUCAGUCAGACCACGAAAAUACCAUUUUAUAUGUGUUUUCUUUUUGUAACGGCAUAAAUCCUUUCCCUCAAAAAUUGCAGCUGUUUCGACAAUCUUGUAACAUGAUUGGAUAUUCCUUAUAAUAAAUGUGUGUGAACUUUUCUAAUGAGUGUAGCUACUGUUUGGAUUUCUUUCAAAUAAAUCUGAAAUAAUCCAACCAAAGUUAUCACUACCACAGAUUCUACUGGGCUGCAGGUCAUGUGGUUUUUGGAGGAUAACAGCAAAAAUGCCUUUUAGACAGCAGAUGCAGAAAUGAUAGAACAUUUUCUUAAGACGGUCUGCAUUCUAAAAUGGAUGAUUGGUGUUAAAUCACAAUUUGUGUUUUUGUUAUAAGAAUAAUACAAGUACAAAGACUAACAGAUAGCUAGGUAGCUAUAACGCUUGCUAGGUAGAUUUGUAGCUAGCUGGUUGUUUUUAUUAGGUGAACAUUUUUCACACCACACACACACACAUACACACACACACACAGUAGCUAGACAGCUGACUAGCUAGCUACUAUGCAGCAAGCGUUAUAUCUUGCUAGCUAGCUUUAUACCUGGCUAGCUAGCUUUACAUAAAUCUAGCGAUGUGAUUUAAAUAGCUAGCUGGAUAUGAAGCUAGCUAGCCAGACAGAUUUUUCAAAGAAAUGAAGUAUCAGUUGCUAUAAGACUAUAAUGUCUCCAUGUCAGUAUGACUGCAAAUGCACUAAAUGAAAUCCUUUUAAUAUUUCACUUCUACAGCAAACAUUUAACAAGCUGUAACAUUUUUUCUUUUCUUGGCCAGUGUUCAUGCAUCACUGUGUUUUCAUGGGAGUGCCUGCACCUGUUAUUUUCUGGUUGUAUGACUCCAUCUGUUCCAACAAUCAGAGUAUCAGAAACAGCAAGGCUUUUCUUGUGAACAUCUAUUUGCUUUACCAUCACACCACUCUAUGCAAUACUUUGGUAAUGAGAAACCUGUAUAUAGGCCAUCAGUUAAUAUUAAACCAGCUGAUAUUGGUUUCACGUAGCAUAUUGGUUUUGUUUCUAAAUAACGAAAUCGACUGGUUUCUUCACUUUCUUUGAUUUUUCCACGUCUUUUUCUUCAUGUGCUUGUUACUUAUUUUCUAUACCGUUCCACUUUAUUGGUUAAUUUAUGGACAAAUUUGCGUUCAUUUCUUUUUUUAUAUGUGGAUUACUAUGAUUGUUGCUGACAUCUGGUGGGAAUGUGAUACCAAUCGCCUCGACAGAAAUAUUUAGACUAAUGUGUUGACAUGCGUUCCGAUGAGGAUCAAAACGACCUCUAAGCGGGUAUUAAACAUGCUUUUCAUUAAGACCACAUUUUUGUAUUAAUAUAUGUUUUUAUUGCUGUGACACACGAUAGAAAUCUCUUUUUUUCUUCUGUACGAAUCUAUAUUUGCAAAGACGAUGUGAUUUAAAGUCAUAACAAUAAAUUUAAUAUUUGCCAAACAAUCAAA